GGUGCAGCGAUUGGGAUCCUGAUCAACUGGAACUGCAAUCUGGACACUGGUUCGUCCCAGUGCCAUCCCAAAUACAGCUUCACCCGUCUGGACACCUCCAUCAGCUCUGUCACUUCAGGCUACAAUUUCAGAUAUGCCCGCUAUUACAAGAAUGCUGCUGAACAGUCCUACAGGACUUUAUAUAAGGUGUAUGGAAUUCGUUUCGACAUCAUGGUUCAUGGAAAGGCAGGGAAGUUCAGUAUCAUCCCCACCUUAAUUAACAUUGGAUCAGGACUUGCUCUACUGGGUGCUGGGAGUUUCCUCUGUGACUUGGUUUUGCUUUACAUCAUGAAAAACAGAGCAUACUACAAAGAAAGAAAGUUUGAGUCUAUAAAGCCUGACCCCUCCAGGAAUGAUACCUGUACACGAGAUGAAGCUCAGGAGGAAGAUUCACGUGAGCUGCAACAACUCACUAGUCUGAAGCUACAGGCAAACUCCUCAAAGGACGCGGAGGCUUCAGCCUGAUUAACAGGCGUCAAUGCAACAUGGCUGCUUGACGCUUUUCAAGGAUUUUGUAUUUCAGCUGCAAUGUGAUACUGUGGUGGAAAACAUGGGAAUGAAAACUCAAUAAUCUGUAUAUGAAGAAAAUCAACAAUUAGGGAAGGGACAAGGAAGAUUUAGUGGAGUAAAAUCAGUA